CCGGAACACGCAGGCGCUCUCGGGAGCAGCCGCCCUCGUGGUACCCAGGGACCGGUAGGGGGAAUGUCCCCGGCGGUUUGCUUCGCUCUGUAGAGGAGCGAUGGGGAGGCAUUGGGCCUGGCCUGAGGUAGGAGAGAGCUCCGCCGUCGCCGCCAGCGCCUGAGCAGUGAUGCUCGCGUGGGCCCUGCUCUCCGCGGUGCUCUGGUCUCUCGUAGGAGUUGAAUCGCAGCGUUCUUCCUUAUUCAGUAAGAAAGGCCUUGUUUACGGCACGGUAGGACAGCCAGUGAAAAUAUACGUAAAGUUAAAUGAGAAUAGCCCUGUCCUUAUUUGUAUGGAUCUUAGUCGUGCUAAUAAAGAAACAGUGGACCCUGCCUACUUAUGGAUUGGGCCAAAUGAAAAUACAUUAACAGGGAAUAGCCAGAUAAACAUAACAGACUCAGGAAAACUGGUCGUGAAGGAUUUUACGGAGUUGUCAUCUGGACUUUACACGUGUACUCUUUCCUAUAAGACCAUCAAAGCAGAAACCCAGGAAGAAACUACAGUAAAGAAGAGAUAUGACUUUAUGCUCUUUGCCUAUCGGGAACCUGAUUAUUCUUAUCACAUGGCUGUGCGCUUUACCACAAAAUCUUGUGUAGGAAGAUAUAAUGACCUCCUCUUUAGAGUGCUGAAGAAAAUCUUGGAUAAUUUGAUCUCUGAUUUGUUGUGCCAUGUCAUAGAACCAUCAUAUAAGUGCCAUUCUGUUAAAAUUCCAAAUCGUGACAUCGUGUAUGAGCUAUUCAUAGCCUUUCAAGUGAAUCCUUUUGCACCAGGCUGGAAAAGUGUGUGCAGCAACACUGCCGACUGUGAAGACGCCACCAAUUACAAUAUCCUCAAGGCAAGAGACCGGAUAGAGGACUUUUUUCGGAGCCAAGCAUAUAUUUUGUACCAUCGCUUUAAUAAAACUAUACCAGCCAUGCACUUUGUGGACCACAGUUUCCAGAUAGUGCGGGUGGAUAACUGCCGACCCGGCUUCGGGAAGAACGAAAGGCUACACAGCAACUGCGCCAGCUGUUGCGUGGUCUGCAGUCCCGGCACGUUCAGCGCAGACAUCGAUGUCACCUGCCAGGUCUGUGUUUCUGUUCAUACCUAUGGAGCUAGAUCUUGCCCAUAAACUUCAAGACCAGAGGCAGAAAGUGUGGCUGUUUGCCUCUGAAGGAGGGGCAGAGACUUGUCCACACCUGAGAGCACCAUGGACACCUCCAUAAAGUAAGAACAGAGCUUUGGAAGUACGCAUUUUAGAAACGACAACAGAAAAUUGCUGGUAUGGCAUUUCUAAGAAGACAUUUAAUUCAAUCUCUCCAGUGUAUGAGGGGGAGUUUGUUAGUGGACGCUUUAAAUGAAAUACUUCUGUUUGCAAACCGAAACAUGCUUUGUGCUGCCUGAUACUGUAUUAAGGUUGAAAAGAGUAGCAAAGUAUAAUAUAAUAAAAAUUUUGUAUUUUCCAUA